AGUAUACAGCCGGUCCAUUACCUUGCAAUCAACAGUGCUAGUGAUAGCGGUAGCAGUAACAGUCAAAGUGUUUUGGAUACAUUGACAGCAGUUUCAGUGGAUUGAAUGCAUGUUGAAAAAGCAGAACUAAUCAAUGAAGUGAAAUAGCAGUGCCGUAGACCACGAGAAAUGGGGGGUGACACGCGGGCGGUGUCUCUGUGGGCUUUUGUCCUGGGCUCUGUCCUCUCUGGUCUGGGAGUCAUCAUGGCCGUCACAUUCCUCAUCUUUAAUAUAAAGUUCAGAAAUAUGAGGAUAGUCAAGAUGUCGAGCCCCAAUAUCAACAUGUUGAUCACUGUGGCCGGGUUAUUUCUGUACACAUGUUGCGUACUGUACGGUCUAGAUCAUUUCACCGUGGAUAAACCUGGACAGGCCACCGUCUUAUGUCAGGUUCGCACUUGGAUUUUCAGUCUCAGCUUUACCAUCAUGUUUGCCGCCAUGUGCAUGAAGUCCUGGCGGGUGCACAAAAUAUUCAAGAUGGCGACAGUUAAGAGAUUAACUCCACCGGAUGCCCUAGAAAUCCGUUACGACAACGUCACGGUGAUGAUCUGUUCGUCCAGGUAUUUCCCGGUGUGGAUAGCAUGUAUCUACAUCUACAAAGGCCUCAUCUUGCUGUACGGCACAUAUUUGUCUUGGACGAUCCGGCACGUCACUCUGCCCGCCAUGAAUGACGCCCGAUAUAUCAUCCUCAGCACCUACACCGUGGUGGUCUGCGGGGGUGCAGCCACGAGCUUGGCGGCCAUCUUGGACCAAUGGCCAGACGCAGUAUACUUGAGCAUCAUUGGAGGCGUGUUCAUCUCCACAACUGCGACGCUGUGCGUUGUUUUUGUGCCCAAGAUUAUUCUGUUGAGGAGGAAAUCGCAGGAAGACAUGAUGAAGGUCUCCAUGUCCUCGCAAAUGAUGAACUCGGGCAACCAGUCCUUUGAGCAGAUCGAGGAAGACAUGUACCAUUUGGUUGCCGAAAAUCGGACGUUGAAGAAAUCGUUAACAGAAAAAGAAUCUACGAUAAAAGAGCUGGAAAAUCACGUUCACAACGCAAAGAGCAAAUUACUGAAAAUGAUGGAUCCAGAGGGCAGACAAGACAGUGGCCUUGACAUUGACUUAUCAACGUCAAGUCUCGAGAAUGAGAACGAGAAACCAGGAGACUGUAAAGGAAAAGAGGCAAAAGAAAGUGAAUAUGCCAGUCGCGUGAAUUCACUCUACCACCAGAGCAGACCUACGCCUGCCGUAUGGAAUAUGAAAUACAGUGGUAGAGGCAGUCGGCGGUCUUCGGUAAAAAGCGUGGAAAGUUACGCUAAUAUAACCAGACUCAGGGAUUCCAUAGCGCUGGACUUGAAUGUUGUACAAAAUUUAAGCUCUACUUUGAGGGAAUCAAUAUCUAACGACUUGUCCCCAAGGAGGCAGUGUACAACUCAUUACUAUGACAACGUGAGAACGAGGCAAGAUCUCGCAAGCGCGAUAGCAGGAAGUUAUGAUCUAGCAGACGAUUCUGACACCUAUUCUUACGUCAGCAAUCACCUUGGUUACAGCUCAGACGGUAGCGCCGUUGGAUAUCCUCGACGAACGAACGGAUACAUUCCACGACUUGAAAAGUCCGCCUCUAUGGAGAGCGUGUCAACAUUAGACAAUGACAAAUAUUACCCGUCCGUCCCAAGUCAGAGUUCAAGGUCGACGAAAAAGAAGCGAAAAAAGCGAUUUGGACACUGGAAACGUGAGCCAAGACCCAAAGUAUACACAGUUCAAGACGCUCAGGAACCGAACGUUGUCCAAAGCAACGUGGCAGUGACAAGAAACUUGAAUAAAACUGUGGUGUACGAUACUUUUGUAUGAUGAAAUUGUGCCUUAUUAUACAAUCUAAGUCAUACAAUAUAAUACACCGCUCUACAUUGUAAUAGUGCCGUUCAUUUCAUCAGAACCGUCAACGGAUCGUGUCUGCGUGAAAGAGCUGUCACUCCGGCUAGUGUUUGGACAAAAAAAGCUCACCAGUGCUCACACUCAGAGCAAUUCUGGUUCAAGGACACAUUUUGUGAUGAAUGUUUGACAGUGUGUGUCUAUUGCCACUCGUACCUGAUGAUCUUUCAUCAGUCGGCAAAAAGCUGCUAUCCCAGAGGAUAGGCCGCUGUGACAUGGUGACUAGUUUAUACAUAGCGCCCAACCACACGAUUCCAACCUAUAAACGGGUAAUAUCGACCUGAUGCGGGAACGGGACAUUAUUUUAUACAGUUCAUGUUUAUGAACACGCAGCAUAAUACACACGGAAGCCCUCAGGUGCAUCUAAUGAUGUAUGACAAUGACGAUGUUACAGUUGCACCUUGACGCAACUACCACAUUUUCAAUUAUGUCCGUGUGCCUUUGAUAAAGCGACCACAUAUUGUGACAUUGACUCAGCUAUCCUUGCCAUUUCCUAUUUUUUUUAAUGGACAACUUUUACACGUUGUAAAUGAGUUUUUAUAUUGUGUAUUUACAUGCACUGUGACGAUGUGGUUGUGGAAUAGAUAUCAAUCAUUCCGCAUGUAAUGAUUUAAUUUGCAAGGCAAGUUUGUUUCUACACUUAUGAACUUUAUAUAUUAGAUCGUUUAAAUUAGGAAGGUGCAUGUGAUAAUCAAUAACAGUGCAGACGGAGUAUAAAGAAUUACACAAAGUCCGUUAUGAUCUGACAAAAUGAAUGAAUUAUAAGUGCUAAAGGCCCAUUUUACUUUCCGUCCUUAAGGCAUUAACAUCCAUGUAAAUUUGGAAAUGUCACCUUGUCCUUGUGUCACCUUGUGCGCAACGGAACAUUCACGGGAUGUGUCAGAAUGAUAACCUCGUCCACAAUAACCUGCAUUAAUGGACAUUCGAAUCUAGCCGCUCAGAUUCCAUUGAUUUAGUAUUAAAAAAAUGAGUAUUUAACUUUCGUUAUGUGAAUAAUUUUACAAUAUGUGUCUUGUCAAUGCAGUGGCGGAUCCAGGGGGGUCCAGUUUUUAGGAAUCACAGGCCACGGAUGCAAAGCCGACCCCCUC